AAACCCUUAUUGGUUCAAAUAUAUUACCAAAUUAAUAACUACUAUAUCUUAACCCGUAAACCUACUCAUAAGAUUUGAAUUACUUAGAUGAGUUUAUUGAAGUUUGGUACAUAACAAACAAUAUCUUUUACAUUCGUUUGGUAAGCUAGACGUGGGGAUCGAUCGUUUCAGCACGUCUGCAAUAGUAUAAUACAAUAUACUUAUUUGGUAUAUUUAAAUUAUAUGCGCUUUUUUUUGACAUUGACUUUAAUUAAUGUUCUUAUCCCACCGAGAAAAAGUCAACUCAUAUCUCUCUAAGUUACAAAAAUUGACAUUUAGUUAUAAAAAUUGACAUUUCAUGUCUUGUUCAAACAUCUCAGGCUUAUCUUCUGCUUACUCUUUGAUUACCAGGUUUAUAAGAAAAUACCUAUUAAAUGCCUUGAAUAGCUACUUAUUUUCUUACAUGGCACCAUUCCUGGUUUCUCUCAGGGUAGUACUCCUUUCUCUUAGAGUUUUGACUGUGGCUUUCCUCGUCAUAACUGUCAUCAUCCUAAGCACCAACAGCGUCACCAUUGUAUCUCAAGGAAACUCAUUGAAAUUUCAUUUCAAAGAUGUUUAUGCCUAUAGAUACAUGUUUUCAGCCGCUAUCAUUGGAUUACUUUACGCUGUCAUACAACUGUUCUUCUCAAUCUCUGAACUCGCCACCAGAACUAAAAACCCUUUCAAUUAUCAACUGGAUUUUUACGGUGACAAGAUAAUAUCAUAUCUAGUGGCAACUGGUUCGGCGGCUGGAUUUGGAGUGACCAAAGAUUUAAAAGAUACAUUUCUAGCAUUAGUCGUAUUGGAUUCGACUGAUCCUGUAGAUAAGCUCUUUAGCAGAGGAUACGCAUCGGCUAGUAUGCUUCUCUUUGCUUUCUUCUGCCUCGCUGUUUUAUCUGUUUUUUCAUCACACACCAUUGCCAAACACCAGUUUAGUUAAGUUCCAUCAUUAUUCACUCAUACUCUCUUCGAUUCUAUCAUAUGGCUUUGUGGCUAUGUAAUGUGUUGGUGCAAUUCUUUAAGCAAUUUGACUUUUUAUGGAAGCUCAAGUAUGCUGGUUCAAGAGAAAAUACGGAUUAGUUUGUUUUAAAAUUCAUGAUUCCAACACGAAUCUGAAAAAUGUGUAAAAAACAAACUGAGCAAUGAUAAUAUACGUUUCAUAUAAGCGAUUAAGGUGUAAACAAUUGCUUUGCUGAAGAGCCAAAUUUGUAUUUAUUAAAAUCAAGAAAUGAAAGCACUAUGUCCUAGCUUAUAUAUGUCAUAUGUGCUUUGAGCUACAUAUCUGACCAAGGCCCAAUAUAAAUGAGUAGAAUAUUUAAUUAACCUGAAACAAACCGAACCUAAUUGAAAUGAUUUUGAUUAGGGCUAAAUUAUAGUCUUACUACAUCAAAACUCUAAUUCUACAAUGCCCACUUCUAUGGAUAUUUGUAUGUAAUUAACCAUAUCCAAAUUUGUGAAUAUCCGAAACAAAUCAAUACGAUUAUCAAAUCGAACAGAAUAUUACAGAAACAGGCAAUGUAAGUGGAGAAAAGAAUGAUAUAUUAAUUGUAAAGCCUAAACCACGAAACCAACCCCAAAUAGGACACCAACGCAUAUCUGAGACUUGUCUAAGCACUAUCUUAUCUUUUUUUUCGAAACACUUUUUUUUCGAAACACGAGCACUAUCUUAUCUACUCUUUUCUUUUUAUAUUAUUUAUACAUCUUUUCACUCUAUAUGCAUGCUAAACCUUUUCUUAGACAAUGUAAGUGAUACUUUCCUUUGGCUACUUCGAUUUCAUAGCCUCAAAUGCUGUCAAUUCAAGCAAACAUUCUAGAUGAUAUUUUUAUGAUUAAUUGUCACACAAGAAAAUUGAUAUAAAAUUAGGGGGUGUUAGUGGAAAUAAGAUUUAUAUAGAGUUUGUUAAUUUUAAAAGUUGAGAGAUUUGUUAAAUUUGGAAAGAGUUGUAGAGAGUUUGGUAUAUUUUAAAAUUCUAUGAAAAUAUAUUGAUAAAAUGAUUAUAAGAAUCUAAAAUAUAUAAGUAGCAUUUUAAAAAUCUUGCGUUAUGAGUUAGAUGGUGAAGAAUACAACUCCCAAUAACACCAACUUUAAUAGAUUUAAAGAAUCAUUAAAAUCUAGACUUUUUGAAUAACAAAAAAUUGUGUAUAGAAUUACUAAAUUAUGAAACCAAUAAUACUAGAUUUUAAUGAAAAUGUGAAAUUGUGUAAACCAGUAACACUAAAUUCUAUAAAUUCUAACAAUUAUCAUAAAUCUAAUUCCCACUAAUACCCUACCCUCUUAAUUAUUUACUGGGCAGGUGGUGGCAGGAUGAAUAAAUUUUAGACCCCACUAUACCACUUGUUUUGGCGGAGAUGCAGAUAUCAUUAUUCGGUUAUUUCUUCGGUUUUAAUUCUUUGAAUAUAUAUUUUUCUUCUUGUAAUAAUGGAAAGACUCAAUUAAUCUUUCAAUAUAAACUAGUAGACUAUCACAAA